AUGGCCGAACCAGUUAGCUUAGCUUCUGGUUUGGUAGCUUUGGCUACCUUUGCGUUUCAAUCUAGUGUCAGCCUCUUCAAUACAGUCCAAAGCUACCACUCUCAUCCAAAACGUGUACGCGACUUGACCGAGGAGCUUGAAACUCUGAAUGGAGUUCUUGACGCUCUCAGAGAGACGGUCAAUGCCAACAGUGAUGCAAACUUCGCUACUCUCGAAUAUCCCCUCUUGCGAUGUGGUAAUGCCUGCAAAGAUUUCGAGGAGGAACUCAAGAAAUGCUCCACACGAUCUAGUGCCAGCAGAACGAGCUUCCGAGAAUGGGCCAAAUUGAAGUACAUGGGGGAAGAUAUCGAUGGUUUCAGACGAAUGUUGGCGGGUUAUAAAUCAACAAUCAUAAUUGCCCUCAAUGAUGCAAACCUCCGACAAUCCUCUGUCGCAGCCGACUGUCUCGAGAGUUACAAAAAUAUGAUCGAGUCCACCACCGAUGAUCUCGAAGCUCAUUUAGAGAGCAUCAACGAAAAUCUCGAGAAACUCGUCGGCAAGAAUGCUUCAGGCUCCAGUACGGAUGCUGGAGAACUUCAGCUAAUGGAAGAGGAACGCCUGAGCACCCAGAAAUGCUUGGAAAUAUGUCAACAAUUAUCGAACCACAUUGCUCAGCUUCAACGUUCCCCUAAAACUGGGAAGGGUUCUGCGGAAUCUGUUGAGACCUGCAGUGUACCUGAAAGAGUUACCAACGAGGGCCUACAGGAAUGCAAAGAAAGCCUUUUUAACACAGCGGGAAAACUGGAGAACCAUCUUAAGAUAUUGAUGGAAAGAAUUAUGACAAAGUCAAAGACAGUUACAACCUCCGAGGAGGAUAUCGAAGACUUGCGCAGAUUACAGGAAGAGUGGGAGACUACUCGUCAAUGCAUGCAUAUCUGCUCGAAGGCCGGAACCCGUCUAGACGAAAAAUCUAGUACGAUUGAAAACUAUGCCACUGGUGACGCCAUUCAAUUCAUGGUCUCUACUAAUGAGAAAGUCAUUCAUGGCAAGAACCGUGGAUUGGGAUGGAGGACGAGGCAAGUCGGGGGUCACCUUAGUGACGCUUCUCUCCAACAGCUGUCAAAGGACAUGGCCAAGAUUACUUUUGGGAGCCUCGAUCGCAGGAGCUCAUCUCCAGCACGAGGUUCUCCCUUUGCGCACGAAGAAGCCCAGGAAGAGCAACCUGUGUCGGAAUUCAAAGAGCGCUAUGGCCCAGGCUUCAAGCUGACCACCGAGCGGUCAGCGCGCAACGUUUCGUCCACAGCUCCACCCAAACGAGACCAGUAG